AUGGGCAACGAGAUGGAGGGCAACGAUGCGCCGCCGCAGUACGCGGCCCCGCAGCAGCAGCACGCGACACCGCCGCCGCAACAGUUUGCUGCCCCGGCACAGGCCCAGUACGCACAGCCGCCGCAGCACACGGUGGUGGUUGCUGGCAACGGCCGCUGCCCGCACAACCGCACGCUGGACAGCUUUACCGGCUGCGGCAUUGUGACUGCCGUUCUCCUCUUCCCGAUUGGGCUCAUCUGCUGCCUCCUCAUGCCGCAGAAGCGCUGCGACUCGUCGGGCAGCAGAGGCAUUAUGUCCUCGGCAACAGAAGGCGGGAGCGGAGGCAAUGGCGGUGUACCGCUCGAGUAUGUGCAGCCGCUCAACGAGAUGGUGACCGAGCUCAAGCUGCUCGAGUCGGAGCUGGCGAGCGCACGGAGCGAGAACAGCGAGCUGGCGCAGCGGGUGCGGACGCUCGAGUGGGAGCUGACGUCGGCACAGACGGCGGCAAGCUCGCUCAAGGAAGAGAAUGCUCGUUUGCAGGGCAAGAUCAAUGAUCUGGUCUCGUGUGCCGAGGCGGCGGCGCUCGAUGCCAACCGCGCAUCCUUCGAGACCUCGCAGGAGAUGGCAGCGCUCCGCUCGCAGAACAAGAUGCUCGAGCAGCGGCUGGCGUCGCUCUCGGGCUCGACCAAUGACGAUGCCAUGCUGCGGCAGAUGGAGAUGAUGCGCGAGCAGACCCGCGCCGAGUACGAGGCCAUUCUCAAGAACAUGCAGCUCGAGGUCGACGCUUCGGUCGGCGGCUUGCGGUCGGACAAGGCUGCGCUCGAGUCGGAGAACGCACACCUGACCUCGAUGCUUCACCAAGCGCGGAGCCAACUCGAGCAGGCCCGCCGCGAGGCCGGUGCCAUGCGGGCGCAGAUCGACAACUCGGGCGUGCAGGCCCACGCAGCAUCGUCGGCGGCAGCGGAGAUCGCGUCGCUGCGCGCCCAGCUUCAGGCGGCACAGGCGCAGGCACAGGCCAGCGCGUCCGUCGGCGGCGGCUUCCCGCUCCACCCGCAUCCGCAGCAAGCCAUGCCAGGGCUCAACCAACAAGAGAUGAUGCUCAUGCGCGACGAGAUUGCCUCACUGCAGAACCAGAACGCGCGACUCAAAGAUGCGCUGCGGUCCAAGAACGAGACCGUCAACGAGAUGGUGGCCGAGCUCUCGGCCAUGAAGGACCAGAUGCUCCAUUCUGAGUCACGCAUCCUCACAGCGCUUGAUGCCGGAGGGAGCGGGGGUGGGAACGAGAGGGGGAGCUUUGGGCAAGGCGGCGAGAGCCUCGUGGCAGUCGAGCGCGGACGGGCCCAGCUCGCCGAGGCGCUGCAGCAAGCGCGGGCAGAGGCCCAGAGCCAUGCCGACGAGGCCGCCCGGCUCAAAGUCAAGGUCGGUUCACUGACCCGACGUCUCGACGAGGCCGAGUCAUCGCGGGCUGAGGCCGAGCGCGAGGCUGCUGCCAAGGAGCGGGCGCUGGCAGCGGACCGCUCGGCACUCAAGAUCAAGUGCACUGCGCUCGCUGACGACCUCGCAGACCUCAAGGACCGGCACGCAACUUCUGUUCGCGACUUGCGGCGCAAGCUCAAGGACGCCGAGGCCGCCAACGAGACCGAGGCGCAGCAGGAACUCAUUGCCGAGCUGCAGGCCAAGUACGCAUCCGAGCGACGGGCGCUGCACAUGGCAACGUCGGGGCGCGAGGAGGCCGAGCGCGAGCUGAACGCCCGGGCCUCGCAGUGGAACGCGGAGCGGAGCUCGCUCAAGGAGCGGAUUGACACGCUUAUUGACGAGCUUGACGACUUGCGGUCCAAGCACUCGGUGGCUCAGCGCGAGCUGGCGCGGGCAGCCACUACCCGUGAGCACCUGGCCCAUCUCGAGGCACAGGUGGCGGAGCUUGAGCAGACAAAGACAAAACUGACUCGACAGCUGACGCUCGAGCACGACGCGCGCGAGGCUGCUGACCGCCAGCUGACCAAGGUGACCAAGGCAGCAGCCAACGAGAAGGCGCACCUCCGUGAGGAGCUUGCCGAAGCGAUGGAGAAGGUGGCAAGUGCCAACGAAAAGGCUGAGACCGCGCAGUCGGAGGCCCACCGCAAGAUCAAGGCCGCCCGGCUGGAUGUCGAGGCGCUAGAAGACGCGCUACGCAAGGCCGACGGCGGCGCAGCUCUCGCGGCGCGAAACGAGGUGCUUGAGAGCGAGCUCGCACGUGCCAACGCCAACGUUGAGCACCUAGAGGCACGGCUGAAGGAUGCUUCAAUCCACUCUCAGCCGGACCUGCACGUCCAACUCGCAGUUGCCCAGCGUGAUCUUGAGAACGCGGUUGGCGCGCUGGAAGAAGCCAAGCGCGAGCGCGAUGGUGAGCGGGCGCUGGCGGCCGAGCUCUCGACCCGGGUCACCCAGCUCCAGCUGGAACUCGCCGGCCUGCAGCGCGAUGUGCAGACAUCCCGCGAAAAGAUGGCCGAGUCGGCCAUGCAGGCGACGGCACAAGCCGCGGCAGCCGAUGCUGCGCGUGAGCUUCUCGACCGCGAGCGGGCCAAGUACGAAAAGCGCAUCCGCGAGAUGCAGGACCGAGAGAAAGAGCGCGAGCGCGAGCGGAUCGAGCUCGAGCGCAUCCGCGACAUCGAGCGCGAGCGAGCCGAGGCUGAGCGUGAAAAGGAGCGCGAGCGCGAGCGCGAGCGGGUGCGGCUCGAGGCUGAGCGCGAGCGGGCCGAGCGGGAGCGCGAGCGGGUUCGCGCCAUCGAGCGCGACCGGGAGCGCGAGCGCCGCGACCAGGAGCGCGAGCAGCGCCGGCUUGACGAAGAGCGGGUCCGCAUGCGCGAGGUCGAGCGUGUCGAGGCCGAGCGUGAGCGUGAGCGCGCCGACCGCGAGCGCAUCCGCGAGCGCGACCGCGAGGAGGCCAUUGCCACCGCGCGAAGCGAAGCCGCCAAGCAGAUCCGUCGGCACGAAGAGGUGCGUGCAGAGGCUGAGGCUGCAGCCGCCAAGGCCAAGGCUGCAGCGAGCUCGGCGGCCGAGUCGUGGCGGGCAAGCAAGGAGCAGAUCGACGAGCUGACCGGCGCCAACCGUGAGCUCCGGACCCGUCUCGAGGACGCAGCGACGGCUGCAGCUGCCGACGCGACGAAGCUCGAGGCGCAGGCCGUUGAGCUGGCACAGCUCCGCGAGCGCGUGGCCGAGCUUCAGCGGAGCGUCGAUGCUGCCGACGGGGUGCUGCAGGGCGGGAGCCUGGUGGCCAACGAUGCGCUCGCUGAGAUGGAGCGGGCAUCUGUGCGGAACGCGAUGCUCGAGCCCAAGCUCGACGAGCUCCAACGCUUGGCGCUCCGCGAUGCCGAGGCGCAGCUGGAGAUGGUCCAGGCCGAGCUAGAGCAGCUCCGCGAAGCGGUGGCGGUAGCGUCGAAGGAUCUCGCCGCGUAUGUCGAGCGCUACGGUGAGCUGGAGGGAGCGGCGCACGAAGCGCUCGGCGCGCGCGACUCUCUCGUUGCGGCCAAGCGCGACCUGGAGUGGGAGCUCGCACAGGCGCGCGAGACCGAAGCGCAGCUCCGCGAGUCGCUCGAUGCGCUCCAGCUAGAGCACGCUCAGCUGGUGAAGCGAGUCGAGUCACAGGCUGCCGAGGAUGCUGUGGCGGCGCUGGUCGACGAGGAGCGAGCACGGGCGAGCGAGGAGCAGGCCAAGCUGCAGGCUCGGAUCGAGCGGCUGAUGAAGCAAGUAGCAGACGCCAAGGCCCAGACAGUGGAGAGUACCCGGAUUGCAGAGCUGGAGAGCGAGUUGGCUUUCAAGAGCGAGCGGCUGGCGGCGCUCGAGGCCCAAGUGGCCGAGGCGCCGCUGCGUGAGCAGAUGUCGCGGACGCUAGAGUUGGUGCAGACGAGUGCGGCGGACCAGAUUUCGGCAGCCAUCCACGAGAUGCAGUCGACGUUUGCGGUCGAGUCGGAGGCGCGUUGGCGGUCGAUGACUCAUGACGUGAGCCUGCUGCGUUCGCGGCUUGACGAGUCGAUGGCGGCGCAGGAAGCGGCCGAGUCGGCAGCGCUGGAGCGGCUGCUGGACGAGACGAUGGCGGCCAAGGACGAGUCGGUGGCGCUUUUGGCGCGGGCGACGCAGACGAUGGAGGCAACUAUCCGGGAGCGGAUGGCUGAGCUGGUCUCUAAUGUCGAGGCCGAAGACGCGGCACGGGUGCAGGCCGAGGCCGACGCGGCGCGGGCGGCACAGAUGCAGGAGCUUCUUGCCGAGCGCGACGCGGCGCUCCGUGACGUCGACGCCUACCGCAGCCGGCUAGCUGAGGUCACCGGCUCGCUGGAGGCCGUCAUGGCCAAGUUGCAGGAGAAGGCGCGAGGAGCGAGCGAGGCGCGGGCGGCGCGUGACGCUGCGGUGGCGGACAAGGCCGCAGCCGAGGCUGUGGCGCGGGCGGCCGAGGCCGCACGCGACAAGGCCGAAGCUGCGCGUGACGCCGCGGUGGCUGAGGCUGCUGCGGCACGAGCACAGGUGCCGACGUCACCAAUCCGGGCGCACAACGGGUCGUUCGAGCUUGCUGAAGCCCGUGCGGCAGCCGACGCCGAGCUGGGACGAAUGCGGGCGGAGCUAGGGCAUGCGCAGCAGCGUGUGGCGGAGCUCGAGGGCGGGUCGGAGGAGAAAGACAAGCUCAUUGCAGAGCUGCGGAGCGAGCUCGAGCCUGCGCGGCGGUAUGCAGCGCAGCUGGAGACGGCACUGCAGCAGCUCUCGCAGUCGCAGCAGAGCGCGCGGGUGUUUGGGGCCGGACUGACGGGCGCCGAUGCCGCACUCCUUCGCGAGAAUCGGGCACUAGAGCACAAGAUGGCGAUGAUGGCGCGGUCGCAAAGCCAGGGCUCGGGUGGAAGCGGAACUGGGCCGGACUCGUCGACGCUAGUCGACGAGUACAAAAAGCAAGUCGACGAGCUGCACCGGCUGCUCAAGACGCUAGAGCAAGAAGUGGCGCAGGGCGAUGCGACCAACGGACGGCUCGAAUCGGAGCUGCACCGCACCAAGACCGAGCUGCAGGCAGCGCUCGCCGAGUCUGCGCAGCAGCGGGCCCGGGCAGACCGGCUCUACGCCGCCAACAUGGGCCUUGAGCAGCAGCUGGUGGAGGCGACCAAGCUCCAGCGUAAGAUCGCGCUUCUGGAGAACGAGCGCGAGCGCGAGGACGUCUCCAUCCAGAAGCUGCACCGCCGUCUGGUGGAGCAAGAGCGGACCAUUUCAGUGCUCAAAGAUCAGCUGCGGGUGAAGCAGGCUGCGCUGUCGGCAGCGGCCGCGCCAGCCGGCGUUGUCGACCCCGGCUACGAGGUCCGGCUGGCGGCGCUUGCCGAGGAAACCCGUGCGGCGGAGUGA